UGAUGCAUGGUUUGAAUGGAUUAUUAUCAAUAAAACGUUAACAUCUUCAAAAAUGAAUGAAACUAAAAAAGUGCAUAAGAAAUGCAAAAGAUAUGCGGCAAGAUUACAAUCUUCAAAAGGUGUUAUUUGUUGUGAUAAGCCUGGAAUUAAUAUUAUUCUUUGCAAUGUUGGCCAAGCAACUGGACUAUUGAAAGAUGACAUACUAAAUCUAUUGAAUACAUUGCCAUCAGUGAAACUAAAAAAGUUUAUAGCUGAAAAGGGGGAGUCUUAUUCAUAUUUGGUGUUUGAUAGUGAAGCGUGUGCCUUAACUUUUUAUCAAAAUUACAAUGGUAAAAAGUGCUUUAAAGACGACACAUAUUUGUAUAUGUGUUUUGUGGAAAAUGUGCCAAAUACAGAAAUUAUAUGUCCAUACAAAGAUCCAGAAGGCCUAUGUAUCAUAGAGGAAUUUAUUAGUAAACAAGAAGAACAAAAAUUAAUAGAGGUUUUUGAUUGGGAGAAUGAAAAACCGAAUUUGAAAAAUCGUCAAGUGAGACAUUUCGGUUAUGAAUUUCGUUAUGGAAGCAAUGAUGUAGAUUUAGAUGCACCAUUACCAAACAGAAUACCAAAGGAGUGUAAUAUUUUCUGGACAAGAUUAAAAAAAUAUAAUAUUAACUUGGAACCACCUGAUCAACUCACUGUUAAUAAAUAUAUUCCAGGGCAAGGUAUUCCACUCCAUGUGGACAGGCACAGUCCAUUCGGCCCCACAAUACUCUCCGUCUCGCUCGGAUCCUCAGUAGUUAUGGAUUGGAGACAUCACAGUGGUUUGAAUGUACCCAUGGUUAUUCCAUCAAGGUCUAUGCUUAUAAUGCAAGGAGAAGCGAGGUAUGACUGGCAACACGGCAUACAGCCUCGAACCUGGGACCCGAUCAUUGAUCACCGUACCCUUGAGGAUGGACAGCAUGUUAAAGUGGUUACAAGUGAGACUAUAAACAGGGAGAUGAGGAUAUCUUUAACUUUCCGAUGGACAAGGCGGGGUAAUUGUGAUUGCAUAUACAAGACCCUCUGUGAUACUGCGGACAAAAUGUCUACAAGUGAUUUGGAUGAUAUUGUUGCUUCUAAUCUGGAGGAAUUACAUGUACACCAGGUAUACGAGCAGAUAUCACGUCACUUCAGCAGCACGCGGCACCAGGCGUGGCCGCAGGUGGUGAGGUUUGUGCGGGACACGCCCCCCGGCGCAGUGCUGCUCGACCUCGGCGCCGGCAACGGAAAGAACAUCCUCAAACGUACUGAUAUACUGCAGAUAGCAGGUGAACGUAGUAGUGGCUUGUUGAAUGAGUGCAAGAGCUACAUAGGUGAAGUGCCGGCGGCCGAUUGUGUCAGAUUAGACUUGCUCUAUGCGGGGAUCAGGGACGGGAGCGCUGACGUCAUCAUUUGUAUUGCGGUCAUACAUCACUUCAGUAGUCAGUCUAGACGAAUCCAAGCAGUUGCAACGAUAGCUCGACUACUGCGUUCGGGAGGUCGCGCUCUUAUCACCGUCUGGGCUAAAGAUCAGACAAAGUCGAAUUAUCUGUGCAAAAAGAAAGAAAAUGUUUUACACAAUAAUAGCACAGUCGAAGUGGCCGGCAUUAAUCUUCCUGUGCACGAGAAUAGAACUCAGUUUCAACAUAAAGAUUUACUUGUGCCUUGGAAAUUAAGAGGGGUAAAAGAAGAUAAACUAGCAGAUAAACCAGAGAGCACGCUGUUAAGGUUCUAUCACGUGUUUGAAGAAGGCGAAUUAGAGCAAUUGUGUGUCUCGUCCGAUUUAAUUGUGGAAAAAAGUUUUUAUGACGAAGGAAAUUGGUGCGUCGUGUGUAAAAAAGCAUAGACUUUUAACAUAUUAUUGUCUUUUAAUUAA